AUGGAUAAGAAAAGGGAACUCUAUAAAAGAUAUUUAGACGAGAAACAUGUAAUGGAUACUCUUUCCAAGAUCAUUGUUUCACUAUAUGAACUACAAGAAAAACCAGAAGAUCCUUUGCAAUACAUUCAAGACUAUUUAGGUAGUUCAAAUGGUAUCGACAUGCCAGCAAUCCGUACUGAAAAUGCAAAAAUGGCAAAACGCAUAGAAGAACUCAAAGAACAACUCGAAAAAUUACAAGCAAAGAAUAAUGAAGGAAAAACCUAG